UGGUUUCACUUUCAGAUGUAACACGUAACUGCUCUAGCUAACCAUCGCAUAACUGCUGUUUUCACUGCCUACUUUGUUUUUGAAAAUCUCAUCACCGGAACCUUUCGUAAAACGUAUUGCAUUGACAGUCAAGCACUCACUCACGGCAUAUCAGCUGUAUCAGCGAGAGGAGUACUGACCUAAUUUGGAGAGCAGGGGACAACAAGAGACAAGGCUACACAUCGGAACGAGCAGCUGAAGAGAAAGUCUACCAUUUUUUGUUUGUCCAGAGGAAGCUGUGCGUGGGACAGAGAAAAGCUACAUCAGCCUGUCUGCGGAGAAACCGAUGCAGAGCUGACUGCUCCUGCUGAGAGAGGAGGAGGAAGAAACAAGUCAAAGGGAGAAAAUUUGCCAGAUGUAAGAGGAGGAAAGAGAGAGAAGGUGGGCGAGGGUUUCGGUGACAGAGAUCAUUGUUCUGCAACAAACCCCUCAUGGGUGAACUGGCCAUUAAAAAGUCAGUAAUGGCCAAGCUGUCAUCAGCCCAGGUGACCGUGUGCACCUGAGCGUUACUGCUGCAGCACAGUGAAAGUCACCACGUGCCUCGGGGCAGCUGCUGCAUGGUUUAAAAAAAAUCCAGGCUGCCGGAUCCUAACUGAUUCCUGCACGUUUUCUGCACUGGAUCAUUUUCACCUGGAGCUUUUUCCCCUUUUGGGCGUUCACUAGGGAGAGAAAAAUAAGCAAAAGCGGGAUACGGAGCAGUUUGGAUAUUUGGACAGACUGAGCCGGUGACUACAGCAGAGAAAGAGACUGCUCGGUGCUCCAGUGUCACGUGCAGGAAUGCAGAUUUGAAUAAGGAAUCAGACCAGCAAUCCAGCCUAGUGUUGGAGCAGCUGAGCCUGUGAAGGCCCCUGAGGCGGCCAUGUUGGAUCUCUUCGUCAGAGUGCUGGUGUUGGCCCGUCUUCACCUGUCACCUCACAGCACCUUCCUGCCAACCUAACUCCUCACUCCUUUCUUCCUUCACCUUUCUUCCACUGCUGGAUUAGGGGAAAGGUCCUUGUACAAAAUGUCCUAUGCACACCACAAGCUGCUCACCUGGUGCUUACCUCACCUCUUCCUCCUACCGCUGACCUACCUCUGGCUCCUGGCUCUUCCCACAGGUGUGUCAGCAAAUCACUGCCGGGUCACCGGUGGAGUUCUGGGCAUCCAUUGGAGCAGCAUCAUAAGCCUGGGUUGGUACCCUCUAGCAGAUGGGAGAGCCGGAGCGAGGUGUUGGGAGUUCUGCUGCCUGGAGCCAAAGUGCAAUGCUGUUUGGAGUCUCGGCGGUCGCUGUGUGUUUCUUAGCUGCUCGCGUGAAGGAGGCUGCCCCAUCUCCAUCCUGCCUCAGCCCCACGAGGAGUCCCUCGGUCUCCUACAGCUGCUCUCCAAGGUCCCUGUCAGUGUGAGGCGGAGAGCGAUUCGCCGUGCACCACCUACAGGAAGCCACAGAAUACACAAAAGACCCCAUAUCCGCUCGGGAAGCUCCAACACAGAGGCAGCUCAGCCAACAUCAGCAGCACCCAGCACCAUCGCUCUCAUCCAACUCUCCCAAAAGAACAUAAGCCAGAUAACAAAUGGGAGUUCAGGCACGCCUCCUGCUCCAUCGCCGCAGAACUCAACGAUCAACGUCGCCCUUGAUGCUGCUGCGUCGUCUUCCAAUGACAGCGAUGUCAGCACGCCCACAGCAGCUUCUUCGACCAUCAACACAACCCCGACACAGGCCGUGAGGGAGCUGGUGGUAUCAGCAGGAAAGAGUGUGGAGGUAACGCUGCCCCUCAACGAGGUCAAACUUUACGCCUAUGUGGUCCCAAAUGGGACAAACUAUGCAUUUGACUGGCGUCUAAAAACUCAUCCCAAAGAUUACAGCGGGGAGAUGGAGGGGAAGCACAGCAAGACUCUGAAACUCAGCAAGCUGACCGUGGGCCUGUACGAGUUUGAGGUGACAGUGGACGGGGAGGGCGCCCACGGAGAAGGUUACGUUAAUGUUACAGUCAAACCAGAGCCACGGGUAAACAAGCCUCCUGUUGCCGUAGUUUCCCCAAAGUUCCAGGAGAUCUCCUUGCCAACCAGCUCUACGGUGAUAGACGGCAGCCAGAGCACUGAUGAUGACAAGGUGGUGGCGUGGCACUGGGAAGAGGUCAAAGGUCCUCUGAGGGAGGAGAAGGUCUCUGCUGACACCCCUGUACUCACCCUCACCAGCCUUGUGCCUGGGAACUACACAUUUAGUUUGACAGUAACUGACUCGGACGGAGCUACAAGCUCGACACAGGCCACUCUCUCCGUUAACAAAGCCAAGGACUAUCGACCUGUGGCCAACGCCGGCCCAAACCAGGUCAUCCAGUUACCACGCAACUCCAUCACUCUGUAUGGCAACCAAAGCACCGACGACCACGGUUCUCUGUCCUAUGAGUGGUCCCUCAGCUCAGAGAGCAAAGACAAAGUGGUGGAGAUGCAGGGUGUACGGACUCCCAUCCUACAGUUGUCAGCAAUGCAAGAGGGAGACUACACCUUCCAGCUGACUGUGACGGACUCAGCUGGACAGCAGGACACUUCUCAGGUCACCGUCAUCGUGCAGCCAGAAAAUAAUAAACCACCAGUAGCAGAUGCAGGACCUGAGAAAGAGCUGACGCUGCCCAUGGAUCACACCACACUGUAUGGCAAUAAGAGCCACGAUGACCAGAAGAUAGCCACCUAUCAAUGGACAAAGAACAGUGGUCCCGAUGGUGUGAAGAUUGAAAAUGCAGACAGCGCCGUUGCCACGGUGACAGGUCUCAAGGUCGGCACAUAUGAGUUUACCCUGACAGUAACUGAUGAGAGGAAGCUGGAGAGCAGCGACACUGUCACAGUCAUCGUUAAGGAAGAAAAGGACCAACCGCCAGUAGCUCGUGUUGUGUCGAGUCCACCCAUCUCUUUGCCUGUCAGGACCGCCACUUUGGAUGGAUCUCAGUCCACUGAUGACAAAGGUGGACUCAGCUACCUGUGGACCAGAGAAGACACCAGUCCUGCUGCUGGGGAUGUGCUGAACAGCUCCGACCACCAGGCAGUGCUGUUUCUUGGAAACCUGGUGGAGGGCAAAUACAGCUUCAUCCUGACUGUAACUGACAGCAAAGGACAAAGCAGCAAGGGGAGGGGCACGGUGGAGGUCAAACCAGACGUGCGGGAGCGGGACCUGGUGGAACUGGUGUUAGAGGUCUCCGUAUCGCAGGUGUCCCAACGUCAGCGCGACAUGCUGCUGCGACAGGUUGGGGUUUUACUGGGUGUGCUCGACAGCGACAUCAUUGUGCGAGAGAUCAGUGCGUUUAAUGAGCACAGUACUCGUUUGGUCUUCCUGGUGUCCGGCGGCCCAGGGCGCCCUCCGCUGUCGGGCCGUAACGUUGCACUCGGCCUGCGCAACAAACUGCGUAAACAGAAGAAUGACUUCCUCAUCUUCAAGGCCCGACGAGUGGAUACAGUCAUCUGCCAGCUGAACUGCUCCGGCCACGGCGAGUGUGACUCAUUCACGCGGCGCUGCGUCUGUCACCCUUUCUGGAUGGAGAAUUUUAUCAGAGCUCAGUUCGGAGACGCAGAGAGCAACUGCGAGUGGAGCGUGCUCUAUGUGACAAUAGCAUCCUUUAUGAUUGUGGUUGCUGCGGCAACAUUUGUAUGGGGGAUAGUUUGUUGCUGCAACAGGCGUAAGAGCAAAGUGCGCAGGAGUAAAAGUCGAUACAAAAUGCUAGAAGCUGACGACCAGGACUGUUUGGAGCUGCAACUGCCAAGAGCUGCACGCCUGAAGCCUGUUCCUGCUCCCACUUCCUCUGCCCUCAUGCACUCGGACUCUGACCUGGACAGUGACGAAGGGCAGGGCGGGAUCCCGUGGACGGAUCAGGAGCGCGGGCAGCUCCUGAGGCCUCAGAAUGGCUCCCUGAGGAAUGGCCAGGGGCCGGUAAGGGCCAAGAAGCAGAGAGAAGAGCAGCUAUAGCAAGAGAGGAGGGGGGAGCUCACAGCUGCCCUCACACAGCUCUUCCCCUUCACGCCUCCUCUUUCCCCUUCGUUGGUCUUCAACACAAAACCUCACACUUCUCCUCUGUGAAGACAGACUGGGAGAUACCUGAGUUAGGAAGAGGGAGAGAGGAGGAGAUGUUGGGACCGUGUUGUCCCACUGUCACAGAAAAAACACCACGAUACUGAAGCUUCCCUGCACCCACACUGAGCCAGAACGACGUGAAAAAGAAACUGCCAUUACACUGAGAACCAGGGGUGAGCACUGUAUUUUGAAUGAUAUAAAAUAUUAAUUAGACCCCUAUUAUUUAACACAGAGACAUAAAGAAUGUAGUGCUGCCCCUCUCCUGCUGCUGGCUUACAAAGGUUGGGAGACUGUGUGAGAGGAAGUAGCUCGAGUGACUUUUUAAGAUGAGGAAAAACAAAACUGCUUCAAUGACACGAAAACCAGCCACCCGGCACGCUCACACCUUGCCUCUUGUAGACACGCAUGUACAAACACGUUGUAUUCACGCCGUUUCAGGUCGACCUGAUGCUACCAAACACUGCCAUUUUUAAAUUAAUGGUUAACUUUGCUCUGAUUGUUUCUGUUCAUCUGAAGCAUGACGGAGAGGAAAAGGAAAAAAAAGACAACCAACCAACAACCAAAACUGAUCUGAGCUGCCAACGGCUCGGAGAAACCACCUCAGAAAAUAUUUUAAAUAAUUUAUGUGCAUGAAGAGCGACAGAUUGCAGCUCUGGUACAACCUGAUACGAUCGGCUGCAUGUUUGUAUGUCAGCUGUAUGUGUGGAUUUCUGUGGCUGCUGUGCCAAAAGAUGUUUCCUCGGAGCAGUUUUUUUGCUUCUUUUUUGUUUUUUUGCUUUUUUUUUUAUGUUUUUAUGAACCCACAGAAGAGUCACAGUGUUGUAAGGUUUUAUUCUCAAGGCUUCUCUGUGGAUUAAAUAACUGGAGUACACAACUGUAACAAAGGUGGUCUCAGUGAGGAAGGCAGUUGGGAGAAAGAUGAAGAACAGGAGAUUGAAGGACAGACCGCUGCUUCCUCAUCACCUUUGGUAAUGUGAUGACUGCUUCAACCCUGAAGACCACAGAGUUUUUGUUACUGUUUUUACAAACAACCUUUUGGCUGUGAUUAGACGUGGAUGCAGUUUGAUUUUAAUGUCUGCUGUCUCACUUUGUCUCUUGUUGGUUUAAAAAAAGGGAGAGGUUCGUAUGUGACGGUUGGAAGUUGGGAGGUUCAGCCAUAAACACAGGACUUUGCGGUACUGAAUAUGUAGGAAGAAUGUCCAUCAGUAAUGUAAUUCUCAUGCUUUACACUCAUCUCCAUGAUGCAAGCAGCUCUAAAUUUUGCAGACUCGCAGCACACUUGGACAAGCAUGCUCAUUUUUUAACAAACUGAAUGUUUAAAUCCAUCAAAAAGCCAAGUCACAAUAUCAUUUUUCUGGAUUUAAUGGUAUUCAUCCUCUUCAGUCUGACCAUUAAAAGAUCUUCUUUUAAAGUGAUUUUGAUGUUAUGGAGUUGGAGUAAAAAUCCACAGGCUCUGUGCUGUGCAAAAACAUAGAAACACAGUGUUUUUUUUAGCAAGGUUAAAACAGUUAAAUCAGUUUAUUUCUUCCAGAGUUUUAAUUUUUUAAUUAUAGUCAACUCUGUGUUUUUUGAACAGUGUCAUUAUUAGGUAUACAGAAACAUUAAGAGUUUGUACUCUAAUGUUUGUAAAAUUAAGAUAUCUUAAAGUUGGAGUGUUAAAGUUGGCCGGGAGAUGCAGAUUUCAAGCUGACUCGGAUGUGAGGAAAAUCUUUGAAAAGGUAAAAUAUGUUUUCUGUUUUCUAAUACAAACUUACUUUAAGUAUACAAGUGAGCUGCACAUCCGAUCGGAGAUAAAACUGUACUAAAUCCCGAAAACAAAUUAUUUCUUCCCACGGACAGGACAUAAGCAGGAGGUUAAUCUGAAGGAUGUUUGCGUACGCUUUGAGCAGAUUACCAGAAAUAAACCACGAACGGGGCCCAGCAGGAAGGCUUUGUUUGUUCAUCAGCAGUAAUCUGAGGUGUUUCUUGGCUGGACUGUACCGAUAGACAAACUUUAGCAGAACGACUCUCCCCGACGUAUCAUCUCACAGUGUGAUUGCUUUGCAUGCAGAAUGUGAAACUGACACAUGUAAGUCCUCAUCUGGAGGCACACUUUUCUAUGUUCGUUGUUGAAUGUUAAAAGGGUACAUCAUUGAUUCAGUUCAGCUUGUACUCUGUGCGAAAUAAGCUGGGGUUUGUUUUUGGGUUGUUGUUUUUUUUCUCAAAUUACUGCAAAAAGUCAUCUCAUGCCGAUGUUGGAUCUGCUGCACUAAAUGUGUUUUAUUCGCACCUGCUGAAUUUAUCGGGCCAUCUUUUUUUGACCUCCUGUGGGAGGCAAAUUAAAAUCAAGCACACCCAGGUGCCAGCAACGUCAAACCACUGAAAAAAAUCUGUUGUCUUGUUUUGGGUUUUGGUUUUUUUGGUUU